AUGGCGGAAGUGUUUCUAUCGAUGGGCGACUCGGUGGUCAUCUGCGGUCGAGACGACGAUCGCCUGGCUGCAGCCGUUGAUGCGCUCCGACAGUCCGUCAAGGAAGACGAGUCGCCGAGUGCGCGCGUGUGGGGGAUCCGUUGUGACGUGGCGAAUGCGGAGGAUCUGGCGAGCCUGGCGGGAUUUGCGAUCCACUCUCCUUCCAUGCUCUCUCCUUCCACGUGUUCAGGCCAGGUGACGUCCAAGUCACUGCUAGCAGACGUGGCUCUAUCGGACAUUGCCUCGGCUGUGACGUCCAAGUCGCUGCUUGCAGAUGUGGCUCCAUCAGACAUUGCCUCGGCUGUCAGCACCAAUGUGCUCGGGUCCCUCCUCGGCUGCCGGGAAGCCAUCCGAGUGAUGCGGCAACAAGCUGACGCAACCCAGUCCUCUGCCACGCCCCGUUACCACAUCUUCAACCUUGGGUUCUCCCGGUGGGGAGCAGCAUUCACGCGCUCAGCUGCCACGCACAAAGCCACCAAGAUGGCCCUCUCGCAGCUCACCACCAGCCUCAAUGACGAGCUCAAACAGGCAGGUCUGACAAGCAUAGCGGUGCACAACCUGUCACCAGGCAUGGUGCUCACGGAUCUGCUUCUCAAGGACUCCACUCCCAUCGCACGCCGCUUCUUCAAUGCACUCGCAGGUGCACAAGUAGGGGGCGAUGGAUGGCUGAUGCAGCUGGAUCCUUCAUUUUCGUUUGCAGUGCUUUAA